AUGCCACUCCUGUGCGUUCACGACUUUCGAGGCGCCUCAAAGUCCAAGUUGAGACUUCCCUCUCUCCUUUACCCGUUUCCCAUCUAUCCAUGCCACUCCUACGGGGGACAGGAAGGGGAGGAGGAGGGGGAGAAGGAGGGGGAGGAGGUGGGGGAAGAGGAGGAGGAGGAGGAGGAAGAGGAGGAGGAGGAGGAUGAGGGAUUGGGGGAGGAGCAACAGCAGCCGGAGAAGCAGCAACAGCAGCAGGAGGAGGACGAGGAGGAGAAGGAGGAAUGGGGGGAAGGAAGCGAGGCAGUGACGGCACACAAGGCUCAGCUGCGCCUCAUGCUCUGGCUGCAGAAAGCGUGUGACGAUCUUGGCGACUCCGCUUGUGAAGCUUCUCAAGACUCUGAUGCUAGUGGCGCUGGCAGUGACGCUGGUGGUGGUGCUGCUGGUGCUGCUGGUGCUGGUGGUGCUGGUGGUGGGGUAACGGUAGCAAACAGGGUUCUGGAUGAUCCUACUUGCCUGCUGCAGCGGUGGAUACAUCCUCCCAUUCAAGCAUGGGCGGCACUGGUAGCAGCAGACACAGUGCGAUGCCUCAAGCUGCACUGCGGCAUCAUGGGGACGCUUGAGGCUCUGAGGGACCUGUUCUUCAUCGGGGGAGUAUCGGUGGCGCCUGUGUUCCUGGGGGAGCUGUGGAAGCAGAUGCGCAGCAACGUGCUGCUGCCAGCGCACACCACCGAAUCACUACAGCAACUCAUGGAUGGUUUCCUCGCUACAGCGGCACAUGGCCACACCUCUCCACCGCCCUUCAAUACAAUCACGGUCACACUCAACAGCAAAACCUCUGACUUCCCCACUCCCGCAAACGCACACUCUCCCCUCCACCCAUCCUCACCUUCCAUCACCACCAAACCCACUGAUCUACUACCAUCUUCCACACCAUUGAAUCCUUUGCUUCCUUACGCCACUUCCGCUGCCACUCCUUUUGCCUACGCCAAGCCGUUUGGUGCCGAGCCUAAUAAUAAGGCCGAACCUGCAACUCCCAUCAGGUUCACUGCCCAUGCCGGACCUGUACCAUUUGCCGGACCUCCAGCCUCGGUAUCAUCCAAACCUUUUGCCGGACUUACUGGACCCUCUAUGCUUGCCGGACCUACUCCUCGUGCCGGGGCUGGUGGCGCAUCAGGUGUCAAAGCCUCAACGCCCAUGCCCAGAUCUGGAGGUUUGGGAAGCGGAGGUGGUACGGCGAUGCAGGUUCGCGUGACAGCAAUGAUGGAGUUGUUGGGGAGGAUACACAUGAAGCCUGAGCUGGAGUGGCCAUUGGAUUUCCUCAUGCACCCUGCAGCAUGCGGCAAGUACAACCAGCUCUUUGCCUUAUUCUCCAAGCUCGCUCUCGCCAAGACGGCUCUUGACACCACCAAGGCACGCAUGCUGCAGGAGCGGCGGUGCUUCCGUGACAUGCCCGUGGCAGCACAGAGGGAGCUGCUGAUGGUGCAGCACAUGCAGCACGCCUUGCAAGCCAUCCACUCGUUCCUCAUGGCCAAUGCGGUGACAGCAGCAUGGCACAAGCUGCAGGCGGCCAUGGGCAGAGCAGCAUCCGUGGCAGCAGUGGUGCAAGCACACCACCACUACCUUCACUCUAUUCUGGAGGGAUGCUUCCUUGUUAAUUCCACCAACAUGGGUAAAGCGAUAACGGGCCUGAUAGCCUCUCUCUCCAGCAAAACCCUUCUCUUCUGCGCACUCUACCACUCCCGCCGCUCACUGCAACGCCCACACCCCAUGCCAUCGCCCACCCCCUCUGCCACCGUGCGUAGUACUAACAGCAGCACUCCCACAUACACACCACCUGCCAGCGGCAGCAAGGGGGGAGCAAGGGAGGAGAGGGGUGACAGAGCGGCGGCAGAGGAGGCGACAAUCAAUGUGGAGAUUCAGCAGCUGGGAGAAUUCUUCCAUGCUGACGUGUCGGCCAUCCUGCAGGUGGCUCGCAAUCAAGCAGAGAAGCUGCCGUCGAGCAUUCGGGACCUUCUCCAGCAGCUGAAUUACAACCGCUUCUAUGGGUGA